CCGCGGGCCUCAAAUUCACCGUCUAUACUAUUUUUCAGGAGGAGGCUAGUAGAUGCCCGCGGCCGACAUAUGGGAAAGGUAAACAGGAAAAAAGAAAAAGAGGAAAAACGGUCAAAAAAAGAAAAAGGGAAAAAAAAGGCCAGAAAGGGAAAAGAUCGUCCUUGCGCAAAUCGCCAGAAGAUGGUCCAACUUUUCUGAUCGACAGAGGCCAUUUUUUUGGGUGACGUCAUCAUCGUUCCACGUGGCAAAAUGCAACGGGCUCUAGUGAUGCCACGUGGCGGGACGUUUUGCAACUACUGCGAAGGUUCAGUGAAUUGUCACGUGGUGGCAAUUCCAGCCUCUCUCUCUUCGUCAGCUUCCACUCGCCACGUGGAAGUGAAGGGGACAAUUACGCAGUCGCAGUCCCGAUGGGCAUUGCGACAAAAUCCGUCGGUCGCAGCAGGAGGAUGGCAUCCCGACGCGAUCAUCUCAGAGAACACGUGGCGGCCGCAGCGGAGCUGGAGAGCGACGGGACUGAAGGAGGGGGAGGGGUCUCGAUCGGCCUGGUCGCGACGCACGAGCUGCUUGAUUAACUCUCGAGCAUCGGGAUCCGGCGGUGGUCCCGUGCCGUCGCGAUCGAGAUUACCAACCACCACCACCUCCUCCUCCUCCUCUCAAAAUCCUAUCUUCUUCUUCUCGUUCAUCGGUGAAAAAUCCCGGGCAAAAGCCCACGUUAGCUGUGAAGGGCUGGUCGGCGACCAUCACGAUAAUCGUCAUCUUCAUCAUUCUUCUCAUCCGCGUCAGCGGCGACCGGUCGUCGCCGGCGGGACGUCGGUCCUUGCCGCUGGGGCGGCGGCCGUCUCUGCCGGACUGGUCGUCGGAGGUGUCAUAGCUGUCGUGGCGAUGACAGCUAUGUCUUCGUCCUCCUCCUCCUCUUCUUCCACCUCCCCCACCUCCUCCUCCUCCUCUUCGGCUGAUAUCCCGACGGCAAACAAGCGCCAAGAAGCCAUAGCCGCCACGCGGAGAGGAAUGAAAAAGUUCAUCGACGGUGACGUGGGGGCCUCGUUGGCCGACUUCGAUCUAGCCCUCCAAUUAGACCCCUCUCAAAGGCCCUAUUUAUGGCAGAGGGGUCUUUCGCUCUACUACCUCGACCAAUUUGAGGAGGCGGCCAGGCAGUUUCGAGAAGAUGUUGCCGUCAACCCAAAUGACACCGAGGAGGCGAUCUGGUGUUUUCUCGCGGAGGCACGGAUACACGGUCCAGACGAAGCGCGCCGAGCUUUCCUGCAGGUGGGUCGCGACUCCCGACCGAUAAUGAGGGCAGCGCACGACUUGUUCAAGAAUGGUGGUUCCGUCGAUGACCUGCUGGCAGCGGCAGGAAUCAAGGAGUUAGGAGGAGGAGGAGGAGGAGGAGGAGGAAGGGGAGGAGGGAAUGGUGGGCAUGACCAGUUUUACGCCUUGCUUUACACGGGUCUGUUCCACGAGUCGCAGGGGGAGGAGCUGCGCGCCAAAGAGGCUAUGAUUGCAGCGGUUAAAACGAUGUACGGACAGAUCUCCGGCGAUUAUAUGGCGAAACUGGCCCAGGUUCAUUGUCAAUGCCGGGGCUGGGUUGUCUCUUAAAGGAGGGAGGGAGGGAGGAGAGAAUCUCUGUCAAGGGAGGAGGAGAAGAGAGAUAGGAGAAGAGAGAGGGAGGCAAUUUAGCGAGGAGAGGGACAACAGCGAUGAACACACACCCAGGUUCAUUGCCAAUUGCGGGAGGGAGGGAGGGACGGAGGGAGGGUUGAGUCUUAAGAGAGGGAGGGUUGAGUCUUAAGAGAGGGAGAGAGGGAGGGAGGGAGGGAGGGAGGGAGGGAGGAGAGUAUCUCUUUGAAGGGAGGAAGUGAAGAAAGGUAGGAGAAGAGAGAGGGAGGAAAAUUAGCGAGGAGAGGGACAACGGCGAUGAACAGAGAGAGAGAGAGAGAGAGAGAGAGAGAGAGAGAGAGAGAGAGAGAGAGAGAGAGAGAGAGAUGAAAACACACUGUGGGGGAGGUCCCACUAGCAACGAGGAUUGGAUUGAAAACUUGAAUUUGGACGUGUUUGUGGAGAGGUGCAGAACAUCGCUAUUGAUAUGCUUUUCUGUAUCUCUACGUAAAACGCAUCCAGAUUCAGGCGCUUAAUCCAAUCUUCUUUGCUAGUGGGAUCUCGCCUCGUUUCUCCAUUCUUUUCCUUUUUCUUUUUUUUUUCCCCAACAGUUCGGUGAAGAGUUUCCACUUGAAAAAGAAGAAAAAUAAAAAUUAAAAUUAAAAAAAGAGAGUUUCUACUUGCAUGGACGCCCCCCCUCUCUAGGAUUUUUUUAUUAUUUUUUUUCCCCACAAACAUAGAAUCUGGGUAUUCUAGGAUUUUUUUUUCUUUUUUUUUUGUCCAAGGUGCUUUUUUUUUUUAUUAUAAUGAAACAAUCAAAAAUAC